AUGCCUUCUUUUCUCAUGUGCUCCAACUGCAGAGAUCUCGAGCGCAACCUGCUAGAAGAGCGCCACCACCGCCAGACGGCUGAGUAUGCUCGUGAUGCCGAGCUGCAGAUGCGCGAGCGAGCGGACGAUACUAUCAAAGAGCUACGCAAGGCGAUCAAGGAGCAGCGCAAGAACCUCGACGAGCAGCGCGAGACGAUCAUGGAGCAGCGCAUUACCUUCGGCAAGCAGCUCGAGACGAUCAAGCAACUGCAUGAGACGAACAAAGAGCUGCGCGAUGCCAUGAAAAAAGAGAUCGAGGCCAACGAAGACCACCGCAAGACGAUUGAGCACCAACAAGACCUUAUCGACAAAGGGAUCAAGUCCAAUGAGAUCCAGCAACGCAUGAUUCAGGACCUGCAACGCGAAUUGCCGGCUCUUCGGCACCAGCUUAGACAGCAGCAAGUACAGAACCAUAGUGAUAUGGACAAUCUGCGUCUCGAGUUUAGAGCACAACGAGAAAAGGAUCGUGCAUUGGUCGAGUCCAAUCUUCGGGCAUUGAAGCGAAUUCACAACGAGACCGCGCGAUGCCGACCAGAACUGAAGCUACUCGCGGUCUCUUCAAAUCGACGGACAGCCUUGACGAUAAACGAGGGAUCCUUCGAAGGAAAAAUGCUAGAACGCGUUCGUGCGUUCAAUGAAAACAGACGCGCUGAUGCGAGAGCUGAAGAAGAUACGCGCGUGAAGACGGAGAUCACAUUCCACCACUCGAAGGAGAAAAAUUUGAAGAGGACGAUCUCACGCGGCGAGCGCACGCGCGAAAUAUCGGUGAAAGCGUCGGACACGGUCGUCGUCCCCGGUGUGGUGGACGAAGCUCGUCUAAAAAUCGACAGCGCGCUCGAUGCAGCGGGGCUGCGUGACGAAGUCGCGAUUCGAUAUCUCCGGCGCGGCAUCAAGUACGACAAGCACGAAGGCGUUGACGAAAUCGUGUUUGAUAGCCUCGACGAAGUCGUCGCCAGUCACAGAGCGUCGUCGAGUGACAAGUACUGCAAAGCGUCGACGUACUUGCUCUUGAAUGACGUGCUGGUGACCCCUGUGUGGCAGUUCGAAGUGGUAUAA